GUCAAGUUGUAAGAAUCACAGUUACAUAGAUGAUUUUAUUAAAUUUUAAAAUAUACGUAAGUGAAUAUACUUAUGUACCUACAUAUAACAGUAGAACAUUAAAAAUAGUGAACAUAUGACUCUAAUAUAAUGGCUGUAAAAAUGCUCUAUCGAGGGCCAAGUUCAAGACUUGAAAAUUUAAUUGAAAAGAUACAGGCUACAAAGGAAAUUGAAACUUCAGAUAUAUACUCAACGCAAACAUCCUCAAACUAUUCACCGUCUGUAUCGGAUGGCACAUUAACACCAAAUUCGGUACAAAAUCAUGAACACAUAACACCACAUCUUGCUCAUAUACAAACCAUGCAAUACUUUCCGCAACAGCGUUCCGACGGAGGUGUUAACCAAAACGAAAAUCAAGGUAAACGAGUUAAUAUUGACGGAAACGAAAUGGGAGGUAAUGAAGAUGCCAAACCAACAGAAAAAAGUUCUGCGGAGACACUUAACACAACUAAACUUGAAGAAAGCAAUGUUAAUUCGAAUAUUCAACACAAACGACAAGUGCGCCUUCAUCGGCAGCACCUUUACCACCAUGGAGAGUAUCACACUGCGAAGCUUGUUACAAAACUGAGAAAAAUCGAAAGAGUCGCGACAAAGUUUGAUAAGUUGACAGGAGAUGGCAUUAAGGGAAGCAACGUUGAUGGGUCUUAUCAAUGUCAGUUCUGUGAAAAAUCAUUUCCGCGGCUUGGUUAUUUAAAAAAACACGAACAG